AUCGUUCGAAUCGGGAAGAACAAGAAGUACAUCGGUUGGGGUAUGUGCACACUCAGAGCCGGGCCGCCGCGACAGCGCGGCCUCCUCGAUCUGUGGAACAUGAAGCUUGACAUCUUGGAUCAUCUCAUCGGUCCCUUCCUGACCGGUCUGAAGCUUCCGGAUGGCGAAGUGAAGGCGCUCUUGGAUGCCUUCGACAAUCACGAGACUUUUCGGGCCACCCUGAAGAAUAAAUCCUGGCAAGGAGCUUUGAGCGAUGCUGGCAGGAAGCUGUCUGACCUCAUCAGUGGUGUGGUCUACGGUGUUCAGCAAGAUGGGGUACUCAAGACGACGCUCAAGGGGACGGUUGACCCCAAGGAGUUCUUGAGUCAGUGCCCCUUGAUGCAAGCAAGCAUGGGAGAGAUCAGUGACCUUGCCAAGAAAGCGGUGCUGGGGCACAGCGGCGACAGGUCGGCAGCCGACCCGCUGCCAGGGGAUGCAGCGGACCCGGCAGAGGAGGACUUCUCCUUGGAUGACCUGGUGGACAAAGAGCUGCUGCAGAAGGACGACGGGACCUUGCAGCAGUGGAAGGAGUUCGCGGCCAACUUGGUGGAUCAAUUCGUGACCAUCGUUUCAGACGACCUGAAGGUUGCGACCAUGGAUUGGGCAACGGCUUCUUUAUCCGGUUCGAUCCUGAGCAAGAUUGAAGGCCGAGCACUGUUCCUCUACGACAUCAAGAUCGCCGGCGAAGCCUCGUCGAAUCCGAACAGUCGGCCACCGAGCUUCAGAAACUCCCACCUGAAGCGCGGCGCACAGACCUUUGUCGUUUUGCGGGAAGACAAAGACCACCCCAACGAUAUCAACCCCAAGGACGUGAUCCUUGUCUUGGAUGCAGGUAAAAGUGGAAACGAGACCGCCAUUGCCUCUUCCCUCAUUUGGACCGAUGGAAGCCACUUCAAGAAGGAUAAGAGUGUUUUCCACAUCGUUUACAGCGAGGACAGCCUGAAUGAACGGCGGGCCGUGACAAGAGGCAUUGUGCAGCAAGAUGAACGGAUGUACAUGUUCACGUCUUCGGCAGCAACAUGGAAGUUGGAGAAAGUCUCUCGCAAGCACUACGAUGGCAGCAGCUGGGGGAGUGUGAUUUCCCAGGUUACCGCUCUCUCGUAUGAUUCCCCGGACAUGUGGAAGCUGCCUCCGUCUGAAAAAGCAAAGCUGUAUGGCACGGACGGUGCAGUGUUUGUGGGAGGCCCAUGCCCAAAUGCCGCGCCAAAGCCCGACAACUUCAAAGACGUCGAACCUGUUAGCUGGCAUCCGUCCCAUCCACACUUGCUGGACGAGAUCCUGCACUGCUUCAAACCAUCGGUGGUCUUCCGGUAUCCUGAGGUGGACCAUGUUCUGGCAAUCCAAUGCUUGGCAGCGAAAAUCCCCGUGGUUCUUGUUGUCUUCACACCACACCAUGCAGUGUUGCUCAAGAAGCAGAUCCUGCAGCAGCUUUGGAAGAAGAUGACAGACCCGAAGUGCACAGAGCUGUUUGAAAUCGGGUUGGCCCGGAUUGUGAAUAAGGAGCCGGUUGCGGUUGAGGACCAAGAGGGCAAGGGAAAAAAACGUAAGGCUGAAGGUGAUGGAGAGACCGAGAUAGACCCCUCGGCCAAGCAGGGCCGCGGACGCGGCCGUGGCCGUGGGGGUCGUGCAGCUGGGCGCGCAGGUGGGCGGCCAGGCGUGAACAAAGCUACGACCGCCGCUGCUGAGAAAGCUCGGCAGCUGCUGUUAUCCCGGCUACAGGGCAAGACUCAGACUACCAGCGGCAAUGCCGGACAAGCUAUGAUCGUGGAGGAGCAGGAGGACAUCGGCCCUCCGGAUGAAUAUGGGGAUGAAGACUUGUCUGGAUUGCAGGAUUUAGAUUUGCCGGUUCAGGCUCUUCGAGGGGAGGAUUUCAUCCGCGCUGGUGAAUGGGAGGCAGUUCUGGCUGAGAUCUAUCGAGAUAUUGCGGACUCAGAGCGUCCCGGCAGGUUCCGUUGCUCGUGUUCAGGGUCGUUCACCAUGGGCUCUGCUUUCAGUGGCCUGGGCUCAGAUUUCUUCGCCAUGAAGCGUUUGGGCAAACGGUUCAGCUGUUGCUUCUGGGCGGAAUGCAAUCCAUCGUGUCAGACAGUGUUGCACGAGAGCCACAAGGAGCACAUCAGCUUCAGCGACAUCCGGUCCCCUGAUUUUGCUCUCGCUCCCAGUGUGACCCUCUUUACAGCUGGCUUCCCUUGCCAACCGUACUCCAAGGCGGGGCCGAGUUUGGGAACAAGCGAUGCAGGCAUGCGGGGAACUCUAGUCUACUACGUCCUUCGCUAUCUAGCACAUCAGCAUCCCGAUACCUUCGUGCUGGAAAAUGUGCCCGGCCUCCUCCAGCAGCGCCACUCCGGCUUCUUAGAAAUGGUCCUACGAGUGCUCACAUCCCUCGUGGAUGCUCGUGGUAAGUAUGACAUUUCGUGGCAGAAGCUGAAUGCUUGUCAUCACGGAAUUCCCCAGAACAGAGAACGCCUCUUCAUAGCCGGGGUCCUCAAAUCACAGCAGACGCGACCAGUGCAGUGGCCUGCAGAGGUGCCGAUGCCGAACGUGGAGCACUACCUGGAAAAGCAUAUCGGGGGGGGUGACAGACUGAACAAGGGUGAGGAGAAGAAGCUGUCAGAGGCCAUGGCAGAGAUUUCCAAGCGUGGUUUGGGUCAUGGCAAGGGAUUCUGGAUCGUGUCCCGCAAGAGAUUCACAACCUUGCGCGAGAAGCUUUGGCUCACUGGUUUGACUGAGGACGAGCUUCCACUCGACAUUGUCUCUAAGGCAAAGCUUGGCGAGAUGCUGGGAAAUUCCGUUCCGAUUCCGCUCAUGGCGGCCGUUUUGUCCGCCGUGCUGGCUGCCAUUUCCUAG